GUCCAACAGAAUUUGAAAUUCUUCAAAACCUUGAAGAGAUUGUGGGACUCUCCCUUCCACUGGACAAGUUAAAGCUCUCCUACAUGGAUGUAAACACUGCCAAGAAUUUCAUUCUUAACCGUGUUACAUUUUGUCAGUCCCGUAUUGAUGUAAGUCUUUGAUAGCAGAUGUGGCAUUGGCAAGUACCUUCACUUGUGGUUCAACAGUUCAAGUUUAUUGUUCUUUAAGUUUAGAGGUGUGGUUUAUGUUGUGCAGCGCCCAGAUGUUUCGUCGGAGAGCGCUAUCAAAAUGGGCACCAUUUGUAAGUACUUGCUUCCUUUUCAAUUUCACACUAUGCACUAGUUACCUUUCCUAGGAGAUCCAUGAACGUAGAGUUUCUUUCUUGCAAAAGUUCUUUCAAAGAUCUUAUUUAGUAGGCUGUACUUUAAGGUGGCACACCCAAAAGUGCAGUUUAACCCAGCAUUUUUGUAUUUUUACAUUCUUUCAAUGAUCUUAUCUAGUAGGCUGUACUUUAAGGUGGCACACCCAAAAGUGCAGUAUAACCCAGCAUUUUUGUAUUUUUACAUUCUUUCAAUGAUCUUAUCUAGUAGGCUGUGCUUUAAGGUGGUACACUCAAAAGUGCAGUAUAACCCAGCAUUUUUGUAUUUUUACACUCUUUCAAUGAUCUUAUUCAGUAGGCUGUACUUUAAGGUGGCACACCCAAAAGUGCAGUAUAACCCAGCAUUUUUGUAUUUUUACACUCUUUCAAUGAUCUUAUUUAGUAGGCUGUACUUUAAGGUGGCACACCCAAAAGUGCAGUAUAACCCAGCAUUUUUGUAUUUUUACACUCUUUCAAUGAUCUUAUUCAGUAGGCUGUACUUUAAGGUGGCACACCCAAAAGUGCAGUAUAACCCAGCAUUUUUGUAUUUUUACACUCUUUCAAUGAUCUUAUUCAGUAGGCUGUACUUUAAGGUGGCACACCCAGAAGUGCAGUAUAACCCGACAUUUUUGUAUUUUUACACUCUUUCAAUGAUCUUAUUCAGUAGGCUGUACUUUAAGGUGGCACACCCAAAAGUGCAGUAUAACCCAGCAUUUUUGUAUUUUUACACUCUUUCAAUGAUCUUAUUCAGUAGGCUGUACUUUAAGGUGGCACACCCAGAAGUGCAGUAUAACCCGACAUUUUUUUAUUUUUACACUCUUUCAAUGAUCUUAUUUAGUAGGCUGUACUUUAAGGUGGCACACCCAAAAGUGCAGUAUAACCCAGCAUUUUUGUAUUUUCACACCACUUCAAUGAUCUUAUUUAGUAGGCUGGACUUAAAGGUGGUACACUCAAAAGUGCAGUAUAACCCAGCAUUUUUGUAUUUUUACACUCUUUCAAUGAUCUUACCUAGUAGGCUGGACUUUAAGGUGGUACACUCAAAAGUGCAGUAUAACCCAGCAUUUUUGUAUUUUUACACUCUUUUAAUGAUCUUAUUUAGUAGGCUGGACUUUAAGGUGGUACACUCAAAAGUGCAGUAUGAACCAAGCAUUUUUGUAUUUUUACACUCUUUCAAUGAUCUUAUUUAGUAGGCUGGACUUUAAGGUGGUACACUCAAAAGUGCAGUAUAACCCAGCAUUUUUGUAUUUUUACACUCUUUCAAUGAUCUUAUUUAGUAGGCUGUACUUUAAGGUGGCACACCCAAAAGUGCAGUAUAACCCAGCAUUUUUGUAUUUUUACACUCUUUCAAUGAUCUUAUUCAGUAGGCUGUACUUUAAGGUGGCACACCCAAAAGUGCAGUAUAACCCAGCAUUUUUGUAUUUUUACACUCUUUCAAUGAUCUUAUUCAGUAGGCUGUACUUUAAGGUGGCACACCCAGAAGUGCAGUAUAACCCGACAUUUUUGUAUUUUUACACUCUUUCAAUGAUCUUAUUCAGUAGGCUGUACUUUAAGGUGGCACACCCAAAAGUGCAGUAUAACCCAGCAUUUUUGUAUUUUUACACUCUUUCAAUGAUCUUAUUCAGUAGGCUGUACUUUAAGGUGGCACACCCAGAAGUGCAGUAUAACCCGACAUUUUUUUAUUUUUACACUCUUUCAAUGAUCUUAUUUAGUAGGCUGUACUUUAAGGUGGCACACCCAAAAGUGCAGUAUAACCCAGCAUUUUUGUAUUUUCACACCACUUCAAUGAUCUUAUUUAGUAGGCUGGACUUAAAGGUGGUACACUCAAAAGUGCAGUAUAACCCAGCAUUUUUGUAUUUUUACACUCUUUCAAUGAUCUUACCUAGUAGGCUGGACUUUAAGGUGGUACACUCAAAAGUGCAGUAUAACCCAGCAUUUUUGUAUUUUUACACUCUUUUAAUGAUCUUAUUUAGUAGGCUGGACUUUAAGGUGGCACACUCAAAAGUGCAGUAUGAACCAAGCAUUUUUGUAUUUUUACACUCUUUCAAUGAUCUUAUUUAGUAGGCUGGACUUUAAGGUGGUACACUCAAAAGCGCAGUAUAACCUAGAGAUUCUUCUUUUAGUUGCUUGUGUUUAUAUAAGAAUUAUUGUGCUGUAACGGGUUGUUUCGACACCCUUUUAUCCUGUGUACAAUUUCGUAUGGAUGUUGGCACAUGCUCAUAACAGCAAUAUACAGUUGUUGUACAGUUAAAAAAGUGGUUGCUUGUUCUGUUUUUUGUAUGUAGUAUUUUGUUGAUGCCUUGAGGAAGCACAAGUUUCUUCGAGACUUUGGAACUCACACUGAGAUGAUUGAUUUAGAAGGCUCAGGUUUGUUUUUUAAACUUGUGUCCUGUGGCUCUAUUUUGUAUAGAAUUUGGCUCUUUUGCUGGGGAGAAAUCAAUAGCUGUUAAUGACAAUUAUUAAAUGUUCACUGAAUGUAUUGUAAAUGUACUAGUUAAACACCUAACACCUUUAUGCCACAGUCUUUAUGAUUGUUUGUUUGUUUUUUCUUUUAUAGCUGUGAAAAUCAAUAUGGAAGAUCGCCUUGAAGCAUGGCAAAAAGAGUUAGCUGAGUUAUCUGACAAUUUUAAAAUGCUGUGCCGCUCACAACAAAAUACUGUUGGUAUAGAAAGUAGUGAGGUUGUAGAGUAUGUUGCAAAGAAGCAUCUGGAAAUGUUGACAAGGGUAAAUUAGUGGUGAUUUAAAAAUUCUCCAACUGCUUUGUUAAUUAGCAUGCUUUUAAGGAAUAAUUAUUGUGUUUCUGACACCAGGUCUUUUACCAAGUUAUUCAUUUCAUGUAUUUAGGUUUGUAGAGAAUGGAAGGAAAUUGCACAGGUGACGAGAUCAAGAAUAUUUGAUGAUACAGAGCAAGGAGAAAUAGAUCUUUUUGAUGUCAAGGUCUAAUAUUUCCUCAUUUUUAUUGCCAAAGUGUUAGUUAUGUACAUUUUCAUGCAUACCCCUAAGAUUAAGAGAGCAUGUUGCUGAUGAAAAGGGAUUAUUUAACCUUUUUACAACUGUGUUUGUGAUUGAAUGUAAAAUACACUUAAAUGUUAUAUAAAAUGCAAAACACAUGGCUUUCUUUUUGUGUAUAUUGUUGCAAGCUUCAUUAUUAACUGUACAUACUUAUUUAAUCAGUCCUGAUAAAAUAGGUUUGUCAAUCACCAUCCCCACAAUGUGAAUCAGUGGUAAAUGCCAAAUAGAAUCCUUGUCCAUGAUAACUUGUGAGUAUCUAGUGCACUGGUUUUUGAGUUUGCUUUGUUCUUUUUCCCUUCUUAAUUGUAGUGUAAGGAAUGGGGUUUCCUUUUGAAAGAUAUUUUUGGAAGCAGCCUUGGAACUGGGGAUUACGGGCACUUGCUAAUUGACCAUGCCCCCAUGCUUAUGAGACGCUUUUUGUCAAUGACUGAGUUUAGUCAGCAGGGAUUUGAAGCAUCCCAUAAGGACCAGCGUCAGCUUUGGCUUAAAGCCACAAGCCAUGAUCAGCAUGGGGAAGCCUCAUCAAGUAAGUGUAAAUAGUAACCAAUACUGAUAAUGAAUUGGCAGUUGUUGAAAGGGUGUGUGUUUCUGUUUGACUGUGAAAAAAAGACAGUGCAAGGAAGGUAAUGUAUUUAAUGAGAAUAUGGACCCUGAUUGUGUAGGAAACCAAUUAAAGUGGCCAUUUAUUUCUAAGUUAGAUAUUGAUUUCCAUUGAAUUACAGUUGAACAAAUGCUGGUGCACUUUUAUGCAGAACGGAUGUUGUUUUUUUUCGUCUAUCUCUCCGAGAAGCCUUAAAGUCAAUUCAUGGUAAGCAUUAAUUUAUUGUGCAUUCUUGCCCUCACUGACACUACUCCUGCUUUUCUUGAAAUAGAAGCUAAUUGGCUUUGAAUAAACUCGUGAAUUCUCCAAAAAAUGCUUUGGUUCUUGCCCAAUGCCCUAUCAUAAUCUCAAAAACUUCAUAACUUAGAAACUGUAGAAGUUGCCAAAAUAAGAUUAAUCUAUACUCUGUUUGGAUGGAACUGUUAAAUUAAAAAAAAAAAAAAAAAAGGAACAAGAAUAGAAAGUAUAAUCCAAAAAAGUACCAUCAACUUGAUUGAAAGGUAGGGUUAUCUUUAUUAAUUACUUGUUAUCUUUAUUGAUGUGUGAUGUGUGAUGUGUGGCUUGGAGUAUAGCAGUUAUUUUCAUAAAGUAGCUUCAUUCUUGGUCUGCUCGGGAUUCACAAUACAUUCAGAAUUCUCUCAUGCACUUCGCAAAAGUUUAACUGGCUCCUCUGUUCUCCUUUUUUUUUUUUUACUUUUUCAUUGAACAGUUAUUAAUUUAAACAAUUCAUUGGUUUGCACUUCACCAAACUUUUGUAAUAGAGAGUUUUCUCUCAUUACAGGAAAGACAUUGGAAAAUCAGAACACUUUUCAAUUCUACUUUUCUGGCUGUGGUUGGAAAGCAAAGUCCAUUUCCUGGGACUCAGGUGAUAUCCUCUGGAUCAAACUUUUGGACAAACUCAUGUUCAUGAUGUUUGGGGAGGAUUUCUUCGAGUAUGUAUUUGAUGAGAAAAGAACAUGCCAUGUGCAUGAUGGUUUCAAGCCACAGUUUGUUUACAACAGACAUGAAUGGAAUUGUGAAUAUGAAAAUAUGAUUUCCAAUUCCUUUGGCUUUACCAGCAAAAUGCAAGGUAAGUCAGACAUCAUAUGGUGGGGUAGGUUUAUUGAUUGAGCCAAUAAUACCCAGCUCUAUUCUAUUCCUAUCUGUUCAUUGGCCUAUUUUGCUUAAGGUUGAAAUGUAGCUUUUUAUGUCCAUCACAGGUGACCUGAAAGUGUUCCAGCAGCAGAAAAUGCCCAGCAAAUUUUCAAAGGCAAUUCAAAAUCAACCAGAGAUUGCAAAAGGUAAAACCAAAAUACUCUGAACACAGAUACAGUAUGUUUGCACUGCUGAUCUUUAGUCACUGGUUUAAAACUGUAAUAUACUUUUAUGAGCUAUGGGGAAAUUCUUUUUGCACUAAUGGACAUGUAGUAACGCAAAGGCAUUAGACCCAUCACUCUCAUAGUGCCACUGUAGCUCUAAAGGGAUCAAGGUUCAAGCAAAUUUUGAAAAAAAAUGUCUUAGUGGUAUAUUUCCAGGAAAAAUCAAGAGAGUGUAUUGAUAGCAUUGUUUUGGCUCUUCUGGUUUAAAGGUCACUGAUGUAUGAGUCUGUAGAAUGUGUUUGAUAAACACAUCUGCACGUGUGUUUACUAAAAUGAUACAAAACCAACAAAAUUUUAAUACUUCUACAGUACACCAGUGUGAUCAUAAACAUGGCUGUCACUUAUGUCAUAGAUAGAAUAAGUUUGGUGCUACUCCUAUUUCUCACUUACUAAGAGAAAACUAUCUCAGGUUUUUUUCGUUAUUUAACUAUUUUUCCAAGCUCCUGCAAAACCUCACACUCAACUACAUCACCUUCCCUCCACUUAGCUUAGUUGGCACUUUGAAACUCCAAUGCGCUCUUGCUCUGUCUUGAAAGCAAUUUACAUAUACACUUUGAUAUGUAAUACUGUAGGUGCAAGCCACAAAAAUGAUGUCCUACUUGUAGAUGAACAUCUCCAUCAAACACCAUCCAAUGUUGCUGGCAAAGAAAAUACUUCGACUGAUCAAGACAGGUAUCUUUUUAAAAAUGGUCUGUUUUGAAAUCAAGUUACACCAACAAUGGUCAAUACGCUGUUGUUUUCAUGGUCUAAUGUACUUUUAUCAUGGGGUAUUAACUUCCUUUUUUUCAGUUUUAAAGUUUUCUUGCUUUUGUUUGAGACUAUGCUAUUUAUAAAUAUUAUUUAAUUUUCAUUUGUUUUCAUGAUUCCAGGGUAAUAGCUGUGUUUCCACUACCACCAGCAGUAGCAAAAAUCCAGGUCUUACAGAUGGACCUUGCCACAUUGAAGGAUGGGAUGGAAGUCAAUGAUUCCAUUGUUGACUUUUUUCUUAUGUAAGUAAUAUAUCAAUGUAAGAAUAUCACUGUACUUGAUUUAGUGAGAACCUGCAAAUGUAGCUGUUUUUUUUUCUUUUUAAUGUGUCCUCAGGUAAAUGUAAAACAUCACAAAUAAUUUAUUAUUAUUCUUUUCCUUCAAUUUUUUGGCUAAAAUUUUGCCCUACAUGUAUGUUAAAGGGGUUGCUGAUGCAAAGAGCUCAUACUUCAUCCUCUUUAAAAUCCACCAUUGUGCUAAUCAAUUGAUUAAUGGCAGUGAAAAAUUGCUCUCCAAAUUUAAUCAUCUUUCUGUUUUUAAUAGGUACAUAUCCCAAUCAUUGGACCAGGAUUUGCAUGACACCAUUCAUGUGUUUAGCUCCUUUUUUUACACUAAGCUGUCAACUAGAGUUCAGAUUGGAGAAAUCUUUGUCUUGCCUAGGCAAUUAAUUGUUUUCUUUGCACUUAGAUUUAAACACUUAAAGCAGUGUCAUCUCUGGUCCUGCAAAAAAUAGCUCUUGUAUUAAUUGUUGGUAAGCUGAACCAUCCUAAUGAUAUACAUGUACCCAAUAUGGUUGGUUUUCUUCGAAGUACAUUAAUAAAGACAAUAUUAUUUUUUAUAAUUAUUAUACAUGUUUCUCCUACGUGCUGAUGGUCUUUAAUAAUUAUUUGCCUCUCUAUGCAUCUUUCAGUCCUGAUGAAAGAUAUGUCGAAGCAUCUAAGUUUACAAGGAGAGUGGACAUUUUCAAAAAGAAGUUUAUUUUCAUUCCAGUAUGUAGAAGGUAUUAAAAAGUUCAUGAUAAUUAUUAUUAUUGCUUAUUUUAUAUCUAUCUCUCUCUAUGUUAUUUUGGUAUUAUGCUGCAAUAAUGAUUUUAUUAACUAUUUUUCUCUGCAAACACCAUUGUCAUAAUAUAAACAGUGCCACUGUUUGUUUUAUUUUUAGUGGGCAUUGGUUCCUAUCUCUGAUAUAUAAUCUACCAACACUCACAAGCAGAAGAAGAAAGGAUGAUGGCUGUGCUGUGUAAGCUUUAGCAGAAACAUUGUCUUUAAGCCUUUCUAAAAAUAGAAAAAAGUAUGCUCAAGUCAUCUAAUGAUGUUUGAUCUAAAAUGCAUUGAGGGCUUCGUGUUGUAGCAAUAACUUUGUUGAAUGGUGAAGUUGAGGAUUUUGACUAAUUCUUGUUGGGAAAAGACACCAACUGAAGAGAAAAUUAAUAUUGCAGUGGAAUCUUCUUUUUAGAGUUCCAAUUCUGAUGAUUGACUCCAUUGUUUAUGGCUCAGAUAGAAAGCACUUCACUUGUUCUCCCUCCUCACGAGAACAAGAAGCAAACAUUAUCAGAAGGUAUGCACUAUACUAUUUUCAUUUUUUUUUAAACACCAGACACCUCCUGCAGUACAGCAACUGUAUCAUUUGUUUGUUUUUAGUUUUAUAGAAUGUGAGUGGAAGGCUAAAAUGAAUGAAUGUCCAAGUCCACACUUUACUUCCAAGACUAUGCCUGUCCUCUAUCCCAAGGUAUUAAAAUCUCUAGUCUUCUUCUUAAGGGUUGUCAUUUCAAGUUGCAUUUUUCAGGGAAAAAUUAAUGCUAAAGUAUCUAAAUGUAGAUAGGAAACACUAUCUUGUACUGAGGCUGACUGAAGUACUGAAAAAAUUGGAUAGUAUUACGAUGGUGGUGAAUGUUUGGUUAUACAGCUUGUCUUUUUGUCAUUUACUGCGAAUUAGCAGAAUAAAAUCCAAACAUAGAUAUCUGGUGCAUUAAAUAUAAACUUAUUGGUAAUUCUAUAAAGAAUAAUUCAUGUCUACUGAAAUCAGUUAAAGCAACCCAAUAACCAUUGUCAGACUGUAAUUCCAGAGGUGUGAGAAACAUUUAGAGACCACUGUAGUUGUGAUAGUAAUAUUUAAAAAGACAGAUGGAUAGAUAACGGCAUUCUUGAACCCUUAGGUACCUCAGCAAGAAAACGGGUAUGAUUGCGGAGUAUUUGUUAUGCUGUUCUUCGAAGAAUUCUCAAGGCGAAAGGUUAGGAUAAGGUUAUAAACAUUUUAAAACAUAAUUUCCAUCUCAGCUGAGCAAGACAAUGAUUCUCUGUUUGUUUUCUCCCUUUUAGUUUCCAGUAAGCGAGCUUCUUUCAGACAAAAUUCUCCAGUGGUAUAACCAAGCUUCAGCAUUUCAUUUGAGAGAGAGAGUCACAGACAUCCUUUUGGCUACGGGAGCUAGAAUUUGAGACUUUACAACUACUCUUAUCGUCAUCUUAUGUUCAGUUGCCAUGACGCAUGUAAAGAAUGAUUAGUUGAAAUCUAUUAUUUUCCAUUCAUACAAAAACGGUGGUGAACGCAUUGAACAAAAGGCUUUAUUUGUCGUAAGGUUCCCUUGUGAACAAUGAGUUGGUAACGGUAAGGGUGAUAACCCCUUCGUAACAUAUCCCUGGCCCAAGUCUGACAAAAAGUUUUCUGCUGCUAUGGUUUUUGUCUCUAUAUUACACCCAAAAGUUGCGCUUAACAACGAGGCUGGACUUUCAAAUUAUAAUUCUCAUUCUACGUAACCUGAUUAUCGACAUAUCGUGGGUUUUGUUUUGAAAGCAGGUGCUGUUGGGGCAUGAUAGUCUGCGCAGGUAUCGGAAUAAACGCGCGCUAAAGUUUUUCCAGCGAAGCCGCGAGAAAAAUGUUUAGGGUUCGCCGAUCGUAUGAAUUCCACGUGCGUAUUACAUCCGGCCAGCUACGUAAGCUAAAUGCUUGAUUGUAUGUAUGUCCCUCCGUCAUUGUUUAAUUCCAUUUGAGUUGAGAUUCCAAAAAGAAAUAAAGAAAAAGAAAAAAAAAAUGAAAUAUUCUUUGUGUUUCUUUUUACUGAAUAGUUGGGGUCGAUUUACACGAAAGAUCACAAAAGUGAAACCACUUUUAUUAAGUUCUAUCUUAUUCAUCCGGAAAUACUUAACAUAAUUAAUUAUAAGUAGUUUCUUGUGGAC